CUGGGGUCUCUCCUGGCCACUCCUGGGGUCUCUCCUGGCCACCCCAGUGAGAUCAACUGGUGCCAGAACCAUUAACACUGGGAAGGGCGUGGAUUAUCUUCUCCCCGUGUCACCCUGCAGUGGGGCAGAAGUGGGGAGGAGCAGGAACACCCAAGCUGGGACUGCCCUCGGGUAACUCAAUUCUACCUCACAAACAUGGAAGUGCUCGGGGCUGGGCGGCCGUGGAUCGGCUCCUGCGCUUCUGUCAAGUUUUGCUGUUACUAAACUGAACUAAACUAAACUAAACUAAACUAAACUAAAAACUAGUGAUUUGCAAGCCCUGGAAACUCACACCUGGGAAGGGCCACCUGGGAAGGGCCACCCGGGAAGGGCCACCCAGGAAGGGCCACCCUGCAUUGGGGGCUGGACUCGGAGAGCUCAGAGCACCCAGGGGUCUCUCCUGCAGCUCCGCCGUGGCCUUGGGCAAGUCACUUCACCUCUUUGCCUCAGUUUCCUCAUCUGUAAAAUGAGGGUGGUACCUCCCGUGGUACCGACCUACCUCCGGCAGCGGGGAGGGUGCCUGGAGCUUGGCUUUGGACAGGGGGAGGCACCAGAGCCAAGGACAGCCCUGGGUUGGCCUGGCUGCUCAGCUCUGAGUUCUGAACCGUGGCCUCGUGGUCUCUGUUGAGCUGUGAUAGGUUUAAUGACAAAAAGGAUAAUUUUGGGAAUGCCCUGGGCUGGCCUGGCUGCUGCAGCUCUGAGUUUUGAACCGUGGCCUCGUGGUCUCUGUGUUGAGCUGUGAUAGGUUUGAGGACAGAAAUGGUAAUUUUGGGAACGCCGUGGUGCUCUGGGAGGUGUGGGGGCUCCUCUGAGCUGCUCUCUGGGUUCUGGGGUUUCUGUCAUGGAAUUUGGGGGUGGAUGAGGCUGGAAGGGACCAUUGGGGUCACCCAGUCCCACCCCCUGCUCGUCCCCUCGGGCACAGAGCUCAGGGCUGGUGACAGACUGGGGACAGGGGUGGACACGACCUGCGCUGCUCUGGAGGUGGCUGUGAAGGGUGUGAGGGACAGACAAGGCUGGGAGAGCCUUGAGACCCUCCUGGAAUGUUCUAGAAGCCCUUCAGGGAGGGUCUGGAUCCACAGAUCUCACAAAGCUGAAAAGCAAAAGCCUUUUGUGCACGUAAACCAAAAAGAGACGUUUUUACACCGAAACACCAACAGGCUCAGCCAGCUCCUGGCCCAGGGGGAGGAAAGGAGGAGCCCCCUGCUUGCUGCUGCCUCUGAUCCAGGGAAUUUCUGUUUGCCUGGGUUAAAAUGGAAUAAUUCCCACGUGGAACAUCCCGAAAUCAGCAGUGGAGGGGCUGCAGGGAUGGGUCUGAACCUGCUGCUGCUAAAUCCUGGGGGGCGAUUCCCAGAGGGGUCAGAGACCCCUGAGUGCUGCCCCCCAGGAGGGUCCUGGGUGUCCCCAAGCCUUCAGGAGGUGACAGGGAUGUCACCCCUGUCCCCGUGUCCUGCCUGGGAGCUCCAGUUCAGUGCUGGGAGAGCCAGAGCAGCUCCAUGCUGGAUUUUGUUCCCUCUCCACCACCAUGGACAAACCUGGCUCUCCCCUGUCCCCACUGCCCCUGGUGGCCUUGGGGACACCCAGGUACCUCUCCUGAGGUGUCUGCAAAGCGCUUUGGGGUCCUGGGGUGGCAGAGGGAAAACUCUGGCAGCGUCCAGGUCACGGAGCCUCCCGGGGAGCCUGGACAGGGAAUUCAGGCUCACUCCCACCCCCAACACAAAAUCCAUUUUCUCUCUUCUCAGUAGAUUCCAGGUCUCUCAUCAGAAUAAUUGAGCAGAAGAAUUAAAAACAAGAGUUGAAUUUGCUGUCUAACCUUUUUGUUAAGUUAAUCGUAGGUACUGACCUCCUGCUAUUUAAGUGUUUACUAUCUAUUUGCUGUAAAGUUUUGUAUAUUUUGUAAACUUUCCCCCCACUCCCCCAAAUCGUAGAUGUCUAAAAUCGUUGUACAUCGGGUUCUUUUCUACUCCAUUGUUCAGCACAAAGUGUGUUUUUUAUUUAGAAUAAUAAAAUGGAAAACAUUG